CCCCCUCCUCGCUCUUCCUUGAACCGGCAACUCCCCCGUCAGUAUGUUCUCCCGGAGCCGCCGUUUCCUGGCCGGUUUCGUUGUAGGAGCUACAGCCAGCGGAGCCUCGUGUCUGGCCGCCCUGCAACUGUACGGCCGGAGGGAACCGGUACCUGAAACGGCACCCAGGACUUCCUUGGAGGAGUUUGGAUUUCCACUGAGUGGCGCAGAGACCCGACAGUAUAUUAACCAUGCCUUAUCUUACGACCAAGCAAAGAAAACUCCUAGAUGGGUCAUUGAGCAUCUUUCAAAAGAAAAAAUGCUUGGUAAAGCUGACCGGAAACACUGUAAGUUCAAGCCGGAUCCGAACAUCCCCCAAAUCUUUAAUGCCUCCAAUGAAGACUAUCUGAAGAGCGGGUGGUCCAGAGGUCACAUGGCGCCAGCAGGAGACAAUAAGUUUUCAACUGAAGCCAUGGCAGAAACAUUCUACCUCUCCAAUAUUGUUCCCCAAAAUUACGAAAAUAAUGCUGGCUUCUGGAACAGACUUGAAAUGUAUUGUCGGGACUUGACAAACCGGUUCGAUGAUGUAUGGAUCGUCUCCGGACCUCUGGUAUUGCCUCAAACGAACGAGGACGGGAAAAAAAGAGUCACUUAUCAGGUGAUUGGAAUGAAUGAUGUCUCGGUUCCUUCUCAUCUCUACAAAGUCAUCCUGGCCAAGAGGAAGUCACCUGCAGAGACACUUGCAGUCGGAGCCUUUGUGAUACCCAAUGUCCACAUUGGAUUUGACCACCAAUUACCCGAGUAUCAAGUUGGGCUCGAAGAGUUGGAGAAAACGUCUGGCUUAGUUUUCUUCCCCGAAGUAAAAAGUGCGGAAGGUUUGAAAAACCUGUGCGAGGAAGAUUCAUGCAGACUCAUCCAGCUGGACGAGUUUAAGCUGUACAUUGCAGGGAGGAGAAUGAAGAAUGCUCGGAACAUGGAGAAAGUUGAGAAAAUCAUGUCUGAGUUAAAGGAGGCUGCGAUCCAGCCUGACCAAUAUCUCUCCAGCUUGUAUGAGGAGAAAAAGAGAGAAUUGGAAUCCGCAGGAGCAUCCGAUCAGCGGGAAAGAAGAAAAGGAUAAGGGAGUUAUAUUUUGGCUUUUAAAGGGCAGCUUUUUAUACACGUAUCAAAAACAUUUAAAUAAAAA